UUCUAAUGCUGUCUAUAGCCCUGUCAAACUAUGCCCCUCGAGCCCAGGUAGGCUCUGAUGGCAGCCCAGAAAACCCGUCAUUCUGGCCGACCGCCGAGGGCUUUCCGAUCCUGGAGCAGAGUUGGAUGUGGGGCAUAGAAGGUCCACCUUUUCAUGGGGAGUAUACGGGCCCAAGCCGCGGUGGCUAUAUAUCCUGAAGGGGAGCAGUUAUAUUGCUUGGAUCAUCUUUGCGAUGUGAGUGUACAGUUGGAGUGCGGAUACACCCUUCAAUUGGCUCCGUUGGAACAAAUUACCGCAUUGAGAAGGCCUUCCGCCGGAGACAUCUGCGGGGUCCAGGUAUAAGAACGAGGCGUCCCCGGACAUACAUACUCCACAACAAUAAACACAAUCUCAUCGAAAAUAUUCCAUCAUGGCGCACAAAAUUACAGUCACCCUGCCCCAGCUGGCAAAGAUGAUCGACCACUCGCUCCUCCACCCCACCAUGACCGACGCCGACAUCAUAGCCGGCCUCAAAAUUGCCCGCGACAAUCAUGUCGCAACCGCCUGCGUCAAACCGUACGCCAUCCCCUUAGCCAAGAAAGAGCUCGCCGGAUCAGACGUUCUGGUCUGUCCGGUCAUCGGAUUCCCCCACGGCAACAGUACCACCGAGAUCAAAGUCCUCGAAGCCACCGCUGCAGCCAAGGCUGGUGGAGCCGAGAUCGACAUGGUAGUCAAUGUCGGCAAGGUUCUUGGGGAGGAUUGGGACUAUGUGGCGGAGGAGAUCCGCCAGAUUAACGAGGCUGUGGUUGCCAAUGGGGCUAUUUUGAAGGUCAUCUUCGAGAAUGAUUACUUACGACCUGAGCAUAUUGCUCGUCUAUGUGAGAUUUGUACUCAGAUUGGAGUUGCCUUUGUCAAGACAUCGACCGGAUAUGGGUUCGUCAAGCAGCCCGAUGGUGCGUACAAUUACAAGGGUGCCACCGUGCAAGCUCUCAAGCUCAUGAGGGAGAAGUCGGGCGAGAAGGUUCAGAUUAAAGCUGCGGGAGGAGUUCGUACAUUGGAUGAUCUGCUGCAUGUUAUGAGUUUGGGUGUUACUCGCAUUGGAGCCACGGCUACUGUCGCAAUUUUGGAGGAUGCCAGGAGACGUGGAAUUGGGAAUGAGCCUGUCGAGGUGGAGUUUAAGCCGAUGGCGGAGGCAUCCGGGGGAUACUGAGAUUGCAUUAGCAUUUUAUACCCAUCAUUCAUAU